CUGUCACCGAUAUAUUUGGUUGACAAAACUGCGAUAGUUGUACAUUUCAAAUUAAUUACAAUGAAUGUUGCAAAUUCCCCAAGCGAUGAAGAAUUGCUUAUUAAGAAAUUUGGCAAUAGACAUGUUCAAAUGAUAUUUCUUUUUCUCGUUUGUAGUCUUUGCAUGGCCCAAAGAACCAACCUUAGUAUAGCUAUUGUGGCUAUGACAGGAAAAAAUUCUACCAGUGCUAAUCCGGACGUACCAAUUUAUAAUUGGGACAAAGUAAGCAUCAUUGUAGGAGGUUUCUUCUAUGGUUACCUUGUGCUUCAAAUCCCUUCUGGUUUCAUAGCAAAAUUUUACUCGUCUAAGCACUUGCUUCUUUGGAGUUUCUUUAUCAAUACCGUGGCCUUUAUACUAAUACCAGUAAUAGCUGAUGUCGGAGGAGCUGAUGCGGUUAUUGUUAUGAGGUUCAUCCAAGGGCUUGGACAGGGUUGCCUUUUCCCUUGUGCGCAAACGAUCUUGGGUCGAUGGUCUCCACCGUCGGAGCGCAGCACGUUUGGUGGCAUAGUAUUUUCUGGCAUAAACGUUGGAUCUGUGGUGUCGUUCUUCACAACAGGGUUUAUCUGUGCUUCUUGGCAGGGUUGGCCUUAUUCCUUCUAUUUAUGGGGAUUACUGGGCUUAGUAUGGUGCCUUUUAUACUUUUUUUUCGGAUUUAGCAAGCCCGCCGAUAAUCCGCGGAUAAAUCCUGAAGAACUGGAUUAUAUACAGCGCACGUUGCACCAAACAGCAGCAGAUAAGGAACCAAAAUUACCCUUUAAACAGAUCAUGUUGAGUGUUCCUUUUUGGGCAACGGCAUCUGCAAAUAUUGGCAACUCAUUCGCCUAUACCACCAUGAUGACUCAAGUGUCAAUUUACUUAGCGAAUGUGAUGAAAUUCAAAAUAGGCGCAAACGGUAUGGUAAGUGCUUGUCCCUACAUAGCAGCUUCCAUAAUGGGAUGGGUAUAUUCUCCUAUCUCAGAUUGCUUAAUACAAAAGCACAUUUUAAGAAGAGUUAAUGCCAGAAGGUUUUUCCAGUGUUUCGGUGCAUACGGAAUGGGUAUCUCAUUGAUAAUGGUCGGAUAUUUUUCAAAUACACAGUUCCUAGCAGUUUUUCUUCUAACCCUAGCUAAUAUGUUUUACGCGGCAACACUUUGUGCGUACUCCUUAAGUCAAGUCGAUUUGUCGCCAAAAUUUUGUGGAAUUAUGUAUGGGAUCAGCAAUUCUCUAUCAUUUGUUGUUGGAAUGUUUUCAACAGUUCUUGUAUAUUACAUUGUUACAGAUGACGAAAACAGACAUCAAUGGCAAAUAGUAUUUAUAAUAACAGCAGUAAUUUAUAUUGCUUCAGCCACAAUAUAUGCGAUUUUUGUUACUGCAGAUCGACAGCCGUGGGAUAGCGCUCCAGAAGAUCUUCCAACAACUCCAACUACAUAACAACAACGUACAUAACAGUUUGGUUUAUAUAAAUAAAAAGCUAAUCUUUAAA